CCAGGGCAGUAUUUCCACUAUUGCUACCAUAUCAAUAUUGUCUUUAAAAUCGCGCGGAUUUGCCAUCUGUUGCUUUAUUGCUCUGAUUGUGCAUUUUUUAGGAAAGACUAGAUGAUGUGGCAAUGAUAUUUAUAUUAACAAAUAUUGUAUUAAUUCUCACUGGCCGCAGACAAAAUUAGGCAAUUCUUCGUUCAGUGGGCACUUUAACAUGUACCUCCUGUACUUGGUAAUGUGGCAACUGAGUGCAUGUCCAGGGGCUUCUGCUGUUGUUACCCGUCCGCUUCAAUGCUGACCGCGCCGCCUCGUUCAUCAACCUCAGCUUGUCUUUGCUGACUUAGUAGAAUUAGAGGGAACACGAUUUUGUCCUCUGGUACUGGAUGAAUGGGGGCAUUUUACUAUAUUCGCUGGUAUUAGAUAAAGACAGGAGGUUGAUUGUAUUGGCUGUUAUUUAGAUGAAUGAGGGGAGAUUUUAUCCGAUGGUGUUUACAUAAAUGAAUCCGGUGGUGUUCAGAUCAAUUAAUUGCCGGUGACGGUGAACAUCACGCGGUGUCUCGUCAGGAAUGCGGAGACCAUGUUUACUGUUGUAGCGAGACCAGAAAGAGAUGGAGAGAUGAGGUUAUUUUUAUGAAGUGGAGCUAGUGUGUCUCUGGAAUUCUCUUCCUCAAAGGGAAAGAGAAGCAGCAGGGGCAGUUAGAUCUGGGACAGGGAAAACAAUACUCCAAAUGCAUCGUAUUUCCUCAGAGUUCACAGCGCCCUUUCUUCUUCUGUCUCUGAGCAAUAAAUCCACAGCGAUCUUUGCCCUGAGCUGUCGCUGUAGUUUAUAAUCUGAUAAUAAACAGGUUCCAAGCUGAACCAUAAAUCAAAGCGACGACAGCAACAGAAGUGGACCAGGAUUGGGGUUGACUUCCUCUCUGGAGCAGGUGAACCUUUCGAGAAUAACAUAAACAUUGCUUCCGCAGUGAAGUAGUAAGUCUGACUCGAACCUUAUCUUAGAAAGACAUUCAAGCAAAAUGAGUCUUUGUGUAGUUUAACACAAGCGUUGUGGAACAGUGUGCGGCGUUACGUGCUGAAUAAGCUGAAGUUCAGGUUUAUGAGCGUGUUAUCGACUGAACAUUGCUCAGGGUGUGUCCUCGUACUGUUAGGACCCAUAAAAUUUAGAUGCUCGGAUUCGCUGAAAACAGACUCCGGAGUCCAACACCAGAUGCACAUUCCAAAAAACAAGAUAACAGAGAUGCCGCGCGUUUCACAGGCCCGUGUGAAAACUUCUGGCUUAGAGCAAUGGUUGAUCCACGCAACAGCAAAAAUACUAAUCAGUGGAAACAUUGAAGACCGGACCAGCAGCUGGAAUGUGGAUUACAAAUUACAGCAGUAGAUGGAAAAGGCGAGUCAGAAGGGCAAUUUCAUGAUAAUCGUCGGGGAUUCUAACAUGAAAGUGGAUUGGGAAAAACCAGCGCAGCAAAAUCUGGCCCCAACUGUCCUCGACAUGGCUGAACGGGCGGGCAGGGGAGGAGUUCCAGUGACGUCAACAUCAGGAAAGGUCACGGGUAUGUCCUUCACAGGUCCGAGCUCAGUGAUCACCGAGCUCCUGGCAGGCUGCAACGACUCCCAGCUGCUGCAGCUGACGGAUUUCUACCGGGACAGGCUGGAGAAGGCGAUGGAAAGAGGAGUGUACGGAGUGAGCCUGGCGUUAAAGGAUGAGAAUCAGUUCAGCGGAGAGGAACAUCAGACAAUCUCCGAUCUCGCUGAUAAUGGCAAGAGGGCGGACAGUUCUAAACUCCUCCUGAGCCUGGUGAUUGAGAAAGGCUCCCGCGCCCGGAGGGCGAUGUGGGAAAACUUCGUGAAAAUGCGCAAUGUCGUCCCAAAGUUGGACAAAAUACUGAAAGAAAUUCAGGAACAUGGUUGUGUUCCGAUCCAUCGACCCGUCCCGGAGAUUCCUUGUGAGCUGAAAGUUUUCUUCACAGAUCCGAGCUCAGUGAUCGCCGAACUCCUGGCGAGCUGGAAUGAUUCCCAGCUGCUGCAGCUGACGGAUUUCUACCUGGACAGGCUGGAGCAGGCGAUAGAAAGAGGGGUGCACGGAGUGAGCCUGGCGUUAACAGCUGAGAAUCAGUUCAGUGGAGCGGAACAUCAGACAAUCUCUGAUCUCGCUGAUAAUGGAAAGAGGGCGGACAGUUCUAAACUCCUCCUGAACCUGGUGAUGGAGAAAGGCUCCCGCGCCCAGAGGGUGAUGUGGGAAACCUUUGUGAAAAUGCGCAAUGUCGUCCCAAAGUUGGACAAAAUUAUGAAGGAAAUUCAGGAACAUGGUUGUGUUCCGAUAUAUCGACCCAUCCCGGAGAUUCCCAGUGAGCUGAAUGGUAAGUGAAGAAACCGCUGUUUCAGCGAAUGGUUGAUUUUGUGUAUGGGUCAUAUCUUUGCUGUGCCAGGGAGAGACCAGGUAAAUGUUGGCAACGUGACAUAGUGAGACCUAUGGAAAAUGUUUGCUGGAAGGUUGGCUUUCGCAGGACAUGGGGGGUAGAUAAAUCUCCUGUACAUGAUGGAAUUCACCCUCGGGUCCUGAAGGAAGUAGCUGGAGAGUUUGCAGAGUAAUUAACGAAGAUCUUUCAAAAAUCAAUAGAUUUUGGCACUGUACCCGACUACUGGAAAAUUGCAAAUGUUACUCCUCUAUUUAAGAAGGGUGGGAGGCAGCAGGAAGGAAACUAUAGACCAGUUAGCCUGGCAUCAGUGGUAGGGAAGUUCUUGGAAUCGAUUGUUAGAAAUGAGAUUAUGGAGGACCUGGAGAGACAUGAUAAGAUAGGCCAAAGCCAGCAUGGUUUCCUGAAAGGAAAAUCCUGCCUGACAAACCUACUGCUAUUCUUUGAGGAAAUUACAAGCAGGGUAGACAACGUCGAUGCAUUCGAAGUGAUGUACAUGGAUUUUCAGAUGGCCUUCGACAAGGUGCUGCACGUGAGGCUGCUGAGGAAGAUAAGACCCAUUGAAUUACAUGGAAAUUACUAGCGUGGGUGGAGCAUUGGGUGGUCGGCAGAAAACAGAGAGUGGGAAUAAGGGGAUCCUAUUCUGGCUGACUGCCGGUUACCAGUGGAGUUCCAACGGGGUCGGUGUUGGGAUCGCUGUGUUUUACGAUGUAUAUCUAUGAUUUAUACUACGGUAUGAAUGGAUUUGUGGUUAAAUUUGCCGAUGCUAUAAAGAUAGGUGGAG